AUCCGAUCUUUAUGAACUGGGAUUGUUGUCAGUUUCCGAUGCUAAGGAAUGUGCAUAUGUGCCGACAGCUUGUUCAAGCUGAUCGUUUGAACUGUAUCGUGUGCUGAUAGGAUUAGAUUUCAGUGUUAGCUUCGUUUGUGACUUGCGCUUGGAUUUGCGGGGUCCUGAUCAUUACUCAUCUAAUUUGAGUAGUUUCCCUCUUGGCUGUUGGGGAAUGUCGGACAGUGGUGACAGGUUCUUGGUAGAGAGGGAGACUUUUUUUUACUUGUUUCUGUUUUUCCUUUCUUCUUCUUCUUCUUCUUCUUUACUGGAAUUAGACUCCGCUGGUCUUGGUUUUUGCGCUCCUUGAAUGAUACGGUUUUGACAAGCAUUCUGUGUGUGCUGUGCGAGUUAAAUUCGCACAGGUGCCCACCUCGGAGCGGAAUAUUCCUCUGGAAAAUCUGGGGUUAGGUGCAGAGUACGGGAGCUGGCAGUGGCACUGACCCAACAUUCUUACAGUUUGUAGUUGAAAUUUGUGAACCGUGGUAUCACAAACUACGAUUUUUCUUCAGAUGUGUAUUUAGUAGUGGAGGAUGGCCUAAGUCGAUCUUUCGUGACUCUCGUGCUGAACUUCAAUCCGAUCUCUUGGAGCAUCAGAGUGUCUGUGAAUCAGUUUGGAGGAGCACUUCAGCGAAGUCUUCUCUUAAGCAAAUCUCUCUCCUUUCGUCUGUGUAUUGCGGCCCCAUGGAUUGCAAGCUUUUGUUGGAUCCUUGGCACGAGAUCCUUGGGACUCUGCAAAUAAGGAUGUAAGGAUCCUUAGUUAGCAUCUACUAAGCCUUCGAGAGGUACUGUUGAAGCUUGGAAAUUCUUCGUGUCAAUCGAAGAUAGACUGUGGUCAGGUUCGAUCGGGGAUUUUGACUGAGCGAUCACACUUGAAGAUGUACAAUGCGCUUCUAGUUUCUAUCUGGCAAGGCGUUGUUGACGUCCUAUUUCGUUAGUAGAGUUUCAGCAGAAAUAGUAUCAGCAAAUCGGCAUUCUGGACAUUGAAUGUCUGUGCUACUGGGUGAAGGGCCAUUUUUUCAGAACUCAUAUAAGACGACUGGAUGCACGGGGAAAGGCAGGUGCAUAGUGAAACCCUAUUUGAAGAUCUGCAAACAUCGAUCACGUGAUAUGAACAAAUACUUUCUUGACACUUUCGAGUGAAUUCCUUCGGAGUUCUAGAUCGCUUCGGUGUUGCUUUUUGUGAUUCUACAACUGCUAUUUGGUGGCGGAGGGAGCCCUGUGUUGAGUACAUAUGGCACACAAUAUGAUUCCAUCAAGGAUGGAAGGUGUAAGCGAGGAACCAAACGGUGGCACAUCGUCCCUUGUGGCAAACGGUGGCCAUCAUCCGGAGCGGAAACAAUCAAAAUGGAGGACUGCUACGCGAAAUGCACGAAUGUCCUUCCUCCAUUCCAUCAGCAAGAUGUAUGGUACCUCAGGCUCAAGAAGCCUUAAAUUUCCCGGUGAACAGCCGCAUGUGAUGGUUGGACCGGUUAUUGGCGAGGUCACCUCUACUACAGCCCGUAUUCUUGUCGAGAUAAACCAGUCAGGAAGCUUGACGAUUAAUGUUAGAGAGAAGCCUCCUGCAUUGGAGAAGCAGCCAAGCUUUUUACAGAGACAAUUAACUUCAGGGCGAAAAGGGCCAGCAAACAUCAAGGCUAGGAUGCCUUCGCACCUGAGCGAGAAAAGAGUACAGAAAGAUGUCAAGGCUAAUCGACCUUCUGUCUUCGAGUUUAGAGCUCUGAAGCCAGGCACCACUUAUAUUGUUGAGGUGAAAGGCUGUAUUGUAACGACCGCGAGCAGUUUUCGCACGUUCCCUGAAAAGCCUUCAGAAAAUAUUACAUUUGGAGUGAUAAGCUGCAACAAAAUUUUUAUAACCGAUAUGCUGAUUGCCCCUGCCUCAGAUCUUUGGACCCAUCUUUCCAAGUCCAUCGAGGCUGGCAAGGUCGACUGCCUCUUGCACCUUGGAGACCAGAUUUAUGGUGACGGCGAUAAGCGUCAAGAUGCUCAAGCAGGGAUGGACAAGGAUGCGUGGUCAGAUCGUUUCCGGAAGAGCAUGGAGAAACUCAAGGAUGUACCCCGAGAGAAGUGGAUUGAUCACGGGGACGUCAUUUGUGAAUACUACCGAGAAGUCUACAGGGAUACGUGGAGACAUGCUCCCACUGCGAAAUGCUUAGCUAAUUGUCCCAAUCUGAUGAUUUAUGAUGAUCAUGAGGUUAGAGACAACUGGGGAGAUGUGGAGGAAGAUUGGGAUCCCAGCAGCGCCGACUUCUUCGUGGCUCGUUGCGCCUGGAUUGUGAGCAUGGAGUAUCAAAGGCAGCUGUAUGAGGAUGUAGAUUUCUCAUCAUUGGAAAAUAUCCACGAGGAUUACCAUUUUCAUGUUGUAGGAGGAGUAGGGCUCAUGUUCCUCGAUAUUCGAGGCUCACGAACCUUCCAUCGAGUCAUAGAUGAUGUGAACAAAUAUCUGGGGAGCCGACAAUGGAAUGCCAUCACAAAAUCACUGUCUCCAGAUGGCGAAUUUGGGAAAGCUCGGGCGUUGCUAGUUUGCUCUCCUGCCCCUCUUGUAUUUCUAGAACCUCGAAUCACCCAAUCAGCAGCUAAAGCCGUCCACCGACUAGAAGAUUUCAGAGGACACUGGUCCUUCGGUGAUCAUAUCAAGGAGCAAAUCACGAUGAUAGACGCCCUCAGCGAAUGGAAGUUCAAAAAAGCUGGUCGUGAAGUCCUGGUUCUUGGAGGUGAUGUGCACUGUGGCGGUCAUUCCGACAUCAUCAAGAACCACAAAGUCGCAUUUCGACAGCUCACAACGAGUGCAAUCGCUAACAUGCCGCUCCCCAAAUCUGCCUACUACUUCAUGAGAGCUGCUGGCCGGCUCGGACGUCUGCAACAUGAAUAUUGCUUUCGGCAUCAUAAAUGGACUAGGUCCCGUAAUUAUGGGGUUGUACAAGUCAAGCACCUGUGUAGUGCUCAGGACGACAUCAAAGCAGUGGAACCUCCAGAUGUAGAAAUCUCUGCGCAGCUAGUGAAGUGCAAGUUCCUGGGUGUGCCUGUCUAUACAGACAAGGUAUCCAACCUGAACAACAACGGCAUGCGUUGGCCUUGCACCUCAAAUGGAGUCUCAGAUCGUUGAGUAGCUGUUCGAAGUACCUGUCCUGUGAUGUAACUUUAGUUGAAGUGUAAAAUAGGAUUUGCGUCAGAUAUCAUCCGUGGUAAGAGAACUGGUUGAUGCUAUUUAAGUUGUGAGUGUUCCUCAAAACAAACAAGAUGUUUGCCGAACAAUGUGAUGAGAAUGCCUUGGGAUUUUAGAUGGACACGGCCACAAGAUAUGUUGUCUAGAGAGGCCCAAAGUGACAAUGGACUUAGCAGACAUCACAUCAUUCACAGAUGACAGCAUCAAAACCUAGUAAGAAAUUUUGUGUGAUUCUUGUGGUAAUGGUGAUGAACACUUGAGAAAUAGUUAGCUUUUAUCUUGUACAAUUUAUUGCCUCGUGUCAUGAUUCAACUCAGGCCAGUUUUUUUGAA